CUUAACUCUGACGACAGAACGGCGCCUGCUUCAGCGGCCGAGGAGAGCGGGAGGAGGCGGCGGCGGCGGGAAGAUGCUGCUCUUUGGCGUAAAUUGCCAUCGAUUAGGGAUCGUUUCUCAGAAUCGAGUUAGAAGUGAGAGUUCAGAUAAGUGAGGCCGCCAUUGCUGCUUUGAACACCUCAGAAGGGGAGAAUGGAUUUAUCAGGAGUGAAAAAGAAGAGCUUGCUAGGAGUCAAAGAAAAUAAUAAAAAGUCCAGCACUAGGGCUCCUUCUCCUACCAAACGCAAAGACCGUUCUGAUGAGAAGUCCAAAGAUCGUUCUAAAGACAAAGGGGCCACCAAGGAGUCGAGUGAGAAGGAUCGCGGCAGGGAUAAAACUCGAAAGAGGCGCAGCGCUUCCAGUGGUAGCAGCAGCACCAGGUCUCGGUCUAGCUCGACCUCCAGCUCUGGUUCCAGCACCAGCACAGGCUCAAGCAGUGGCUCUAGCUCCUCUUCGGCAUCAAGCCGCUCAGGAAGUUCCAGCACAUCCCGAAGCUCCAGCUCCAGCAGCUCCUCUGGCUCUCCGAGUCCUUCUCGGCGCAGACACGACAACAGGCGGCGCUCCCGCUCCAAAUCCAAGCCACCUAAAAGAGAUGAAAAGGAGAGAAAGAGGCGGAGCCCUUCCCCAAAACCCACCAAAGUUCACAUUGGGAGGCUCACCAGGAAUGUGACCAAGGAUCACAUCAUGGAGAUAUUUUCAACCUAUGGGAAAAUUAAAAUGAUUGACAUGCCCGUAGAGAGGAUGCAUCCUCAUCUGUCCAAAGGCUACGCAUACGUGGAGUUUGAGAAUCCGGAUGAAGCUGAGAAGGCGCUGAAGCACAUGGACGGAGGACAAAUCGAUGGCCAGGAGAUCACUGCAACUGCUGUGCUGGCCCCCUGGCCUAGGCCACCUCCCAGGCGGUUCAGCCCUCCCAGGAGAAUGUUGCCACCACCUCCCAUGUGGCGCAGGUCACCCCCACGUAUGAGGAGAAGGUCUCGCUCCCCGAGGCGCAGGUCCCCUGUGCGCCGGCGAUCGCGCUCCCCUGGCCGCCGCCGCCACAGGAGCCGCUCCAGCUCCAACUCCUCCCGAUAAGCAGGGUCACCAAAGCCCGCACCCCUGUAACUUAUGCCCAUCCAUGUCAGUCCUGUCACUUCUAGCCACAGGAGGAUUGGUAGGAAAGGAAAUCUCUCACUCUGGCGGGCUUCGAAAGCAGCAAUUGAGACAUUUCCUCCGCAGGCCAACAUCUGGCUGCAGAAAUGUUGGUUUGGGGUUGUGGCUGUAAGUUUUCUGUAGAAAGCUCACCCAUUUCUGGUUCCUGAGAGGCAGUUCAGUGGCAAAGCCAGCAGGGACAAGCAUUUUUCCUUUCCACUGGUGACCUGGGGCCAGUCUAGUGGCCCGGUCGUACCCUUGCUGUUGCUGUGCAGCAUCUUUCAGGAAAGAGGGUGAGCUUUCCAGCAGCCGCCCUUCCCAGCAGGCCUGGCGUUUUGCUCCCCUACUUGAGUCCUCGUCCAACCUCUAGGGUCAGACACCCCAGAAGAGCCUCUCUCGCCGGUGUUAGUUGCUGUGAGUGGCUUUGUCUUUCCACGUACCCAUGCACACACCUCCACAUCCCGCAUACCUUACUCUGAAAUUGGUGAGCGGGUUGAGAGCCAGCUCUGCAGGGUCAUCACCGAGCCCCUGUGUGCCUGUCAUUCAUGGUGGUCUUGCAGGUUACCUUGGCAGAAUGUACAUUGCUUUUUUUGGCUUCUAUUGUACAGUCAGUACUAUAAAAUUUGUUUUGAGUUUUGUAACUUUGUAGCAUUUUAGAUAAAAACGUUGUGUUUGUACUUUGUGGUGUAGAGUGAGAGAAUUGUAUUGAAUAAACCUGGAUUAGAGUGCAGAUUGCA